CAUUUUUAGAUCAUUCUCACAGAGCCAGAAUUGCAUACUGCAAUUCUUCUGCUUCACUCCUCAGAUGAUCAGCCUCUGCGAUGAAAGAUGAUGUAAGGUUGAAGGCUGCUCUUGACUUGUCAACUUCAAAGUACAGGAGCUAUUCCAAUAUGAUACAGCGCCACAAAGGAAGCUCGGAUGCAAUACUAGAGCGGCUCUCCGGGUACAACGGAAUCAGGGUGUCCAGUGCUCUACAGGAUAUUCAUUACCUUAUUCGCAAUCGCUCGCCAUAUUCCACUUAGAUAAGAGGAGCCAGGGGCCGCUAGUGGCGUUCAGGAACUCUUUGCCAAAGCUCUUCAUUCCCCGGGUCCGUCUCAUCUAGUGUUCUUGGCGCAUAUAAACGCAGGGUCGGUAAAUGUCCAACGUCACCACGCCUUAUUACGGACCUGUUGGCGAGACUCCAGAUGAGAUCCUACUGGAGAAAACCUUUGUGGCUGCCGGCUAUCUAACCGGGUUUGGUUUCGGCGUCCAGCUUGUGCUGUAUGCAGCCUGCAUGCAUGGCCUUUGGAAACGCAAGCCACAUACGGGCUUCAUCAAAUUCCUGAUGUUUCAUACUACCAUGCUCUGCGCGAUGAACGCUAUCUGGACUGGCACAUCCGCGUAUGGUGUCCAGAUAACCUAUGUUGAUAACCGGAACUACCCUGGAGGCCCAUUCGGGUUCUUGCUUGUGGAAUCGCCUUUACCUACCAAUGUUCUAUCGAAUGUGGGUUAUACGAUCGCAAACAUCAUGGCUGACGCACUUCUGCUUUGGCGUUGUCAGGUCAUCUGGAAGGCGUCCGUAGGCCCGAAAGGAAUCUACUUCAUGAUUUUUCCCGGUCUUAUGUUAUUGGCCUCCCUAGCGAUGCAGAUCCUUUUCGUCUUCGAAGCGGCAUCACCAGACGCGGGAUUCUUCAGCUCUUCCACCGUCUCUUUCGUCAUUCCCUGGUUCAGCAUCUCACUCUCGCUCAAUAUCAUAUUAACCGCGAUGAUUGUCGGACAGAUGAUCAGAUGUCGAAAACGUGGACAAGCAGUCUUCGGAAGCUCCUACGGCGAUCAUUACGGAUCCAUCUCGUCAAUCUUCAUCGAGUCCGCUGCCAUUUACUCCAUCUGCUCGACCAUUCUCUUGAUCACCUAUGCCAUGAACCACCCUAUCAAUCAGAUCUGGUUGGCUAUUGGACCUGCGGUACAGAACAUCUGCAAUUACCUCAUCAUCUACCGUGUUAUCCAGGGACGAGCGUGGAAGCCAGAUACGUUUACUAGCAAAGCGACUCUUACCUCUAUGGUCUUUGACACCCGCAACCUGCGAGCAAACCAGGACUCAACAACCCGGAAUGCUCACACGGAUGAGUCGAAGACGAUCGAUGUUCCCCUUCACUACAUGACUUCGAAGGAUAACAUGAAACGGAAUGGAGUCGAGGUUCUCAGGACGGUUGAUAUCCAUAGCGAGGAAAGCGACUCCCCAAUGAAGUGGGCGGCUGAAGGUGAAGCUGUAUGAUUGUAACUGGAUUUUUUGCUCUUCGGGAUUCGUGUGGAACGUGUUAAUGUAUGGUGUAAUUUACUUCUGCUGGCUAGUUGUGUACUUAUCUAGGUGCAGCAUUACUUUGGUUUAAUGUUGCCUU